AUUAACCCCAUAAUCUUAUUCAUUUUACUUUUUAGCCUAGCCAUGGGCACCAUUACCACCCUUUCUAGCUAUCACUGACUUUUAGCCUGAAUCGGACUUGAAAUCAAUACAAUAGCAAUUAUCCCUAUUAUUACUAAAAAACACCACCCACGAGCCACAGAAGCCGCUACAAAAUACUUCCUCACCCAAACAGCAGCUUCCACCCUAAUCCUACUUUCAAGUACACUUAAUGCCUGAACAACAGGACAAUGAACCAUUACCGAACUUCAUCAUCCACUAGCAAUAAUAAUACUUACUUUGGCCGUAGCCAUAAAACUAGGACUAGCACCCACCCACUUCUGGCUACCAGAGGUGAUACAAGGAACGACAAUUAAAACAGCACUACUUCUCACAACUUGACAAAAAAUUGCCCCAUUGACAUUUAUUUAUUUAACAUCAAACCAUCUCUCAACUAAAAUAUUAUUUACCUUAGGUCUCCUAUCCGUAAUAUUAGGUGGAAUCACAGGACUAAACCAAACACAAACCCGAAAAAUUAUAGCGUACUCUUCCAUUGCACACAUAGGCUGACUCACAAUAAUCCUCACAUUAAAUCUCAAUCUUAUAACUUUCACCCUCAUACUCUAUAUCACAAUAACUACAUCUUCAUUUAUAAUUCUACUAAUAUCAGAAUCAAAAACAAUAACUGACUUAGGACUUGCCUGAACAACUUCCCCAACAUCCAUACUCUUACUAAUACUAUCUCUUCUCUCACUAGGAGGACUUCCACCACUAUCAGGAUUUAUACCAAAACUACUUAUUCUAAAAGAAAUAACAAUACUAAACAUAAUCUCCAUAAGCACAAUCUUAGCCCUAUCUGCCCUCCCAAGUUUAUUCUUCUACCUACGACUAUCCUACCUAAUACUAAUAACUAUCCCCCCAACCACAACAACAACAGAACAUAAAUGACGACACAAAAAUAAUACCCUAAAAAUCACUGCCCAAUUAUUUAUUAUUACCACUACGCUCCUACCAAUUACCCCCCUAGUUAAUAAAAUUUUGUAA